UGGCAGUCUGCCGACCAGCUUUAAGGCACAAAGCUCCAGAACUUUCUUUUCCGGAUAAUAACCUAUCUAUCAAUCUCCAUGUGUAGUCUCGUCCAGUCCUAUACAGCAGACAGUAUUCUUCCACAACAAUGAAACUUGGUAAUAACUGGGUUUCUGGACCAAACAUCUUAAUUUUGUUAAAUUACUUUGUUAUUUACUGCCACUGAAUUUGCCAAAAGCACUCUGUGUGUAUUAUGUCAAGAACAUGCAUGCAACAAUGAUUCAUCAGUCAUCAAGGCAAAAAAACAAUCCAUAUUAGUCAUCUGAAGAAACUAUUGUCCUCUGUGUGCGCAUUAGUGUUCUAGUGACAUUCCAUUGUUUGCUCCUUUAUGGCUGAAAACAAAGAAUGAAGUUGCAUUUCGGGAAUACAAUGUAUGGCAUUAUACACCGAUGUGCCAAAACAUUAUGAUUUCCCGCAUGUGAAUAACAUUGACUGUCUUGUAAAAACAGCACAUGGCAAGUUCUGGGAUAUAUUAGAUGGUAAGUCAGCAUUUGAUGGCCAGAGUCAAUGUGUUGAAUGCAGAAGAUAUGAUCGGGAUGAAUAUCUGAAUAACUUUGAUAGAGGCCAGAUGACUGGAUCAGGGCAUCUCAGGCUUGUGGGCUGCUCUCGGUCAGCCGUGGUGAGGACACACUGAGAGUGGUCAGAAGAGGGAAAAACCAUGAUCUGCCAUCAGGGUGUUAGGUGACCAGGACUCAUAAAUGAGGGAUGUGAAUUAGGGCCAUCCCAUGUGGUAUGAACCAAGCAGAGUUGGGUAAUUCAGAUCCAGAUAGUUACUUAGUGUGUGGUUACUCUUUUACUCAUUUAGGAGAUGCCCUGAUCCAGUCAUCAUCGUAAUGAUGUCCCUUGUCAGAGUCACUCAGAUUUUUAUCCCUGUCCAUUUCAUCUUCAUUCAACACGUUGACUAUGAGUACCGAAUCUUACCUCACUGUCUAAUAUAUCCCAGACCUUGACAUAUGCUGUUUUUACAAGAGAGUAACCAUGUGAGUAACGAGAGAGUAAUCAUGUGGGGGGGUGAUCAUUAUGUUUUGGCUCAGUGCUGUAUUCGUUGCAUCUAUACUGUACAGUGCUCUGUCUGACAUGACUUGGUACUAAUGCAAAGCAUUAAAGAGAUCAUAAUUUGAUGUGCCUGAAUUAGCGCAGAUUAUUUCUGGAACUGGGGUUAAAUCGUAUUCAUUAAUGCAACAGUUAAGUAAAAUCAAGAGUAAAGUGAAAUAUUUGGAAGCUGGCUUUACUUUUUCCUAUUGUAUUAUUUAUGUAGUAUGAUUUGCAUAUGUUGCUGUGUGAAAGCAUGCAUGAAAGUGAUUAAUGUCACUAAUGAUUCAGUCUUUAGGGUCCCAUUUAGGUAGCAGAAUAUAUAGUCUUUGUAAAUGAAUGGCCAGCCCUGAGGAGAUGCUAUCAAAACCUUUCCUUGCGAGCACAAGUAAUCCAGGGUGUCAUGUCCACUCCUCUCCGGUUGGUCCAGGAAAUGGUGAGCACCACAAACGAAGAAACUUGGCUGCGAGACAAGCGGCUUCCAGACCGAUGUCCAUCUCCAAAAGUCUUAUGGACAUCACGUCUACGGCGACACCCCCCACGGUGCCCCCGCUCCCUGCCUCCUUCUCAGACCCUGAACCGCUGAAGAACAUGUGCAAGUCUGUGCCUGCUUUUGUGCUCGAGGAGAAUGGCGCCCAGAGUCCCAGCCCAUACAGGAGAGACAGCAGCUUCACUAUGCGUAGCGGCACCUCUGGUGUGACGUCACUCUCCUCUGUCACUGGCAGUGUGAUGAGCAUCUACAGCGGGGACUUUGGCAGUGUGGACGUCAAGGGGACCAUCAAGUUCGCUAUCAGCUAUGUGCCGAAGCUGGGCGAGUUCCACAUCUUUGUGGUCCAGUGCCUGAACCUGGCUGUUGGCGACACCAAGAAGAACCGGUCCGACCCUUAUGUUAAGAGUUACCUGUUACCAGACAAGUCCAGGAUGGGAAAAAGGAAAACCUCUGUGAAGAAGAAGACUAGUAAUCCAACAUACAAUGAAAUACUUAGGUACAAAGUGGAUAUGGAGACCCUCAAGACGCAGACCCUGAACGUUUCUGUGUGGCACAAUGACACCUUUGGGCGGAAUAGUUUCCUGGGUGAGGUGGAUGUGGAUUUGUCCAAGUGGGACUUCAGCAACAUGAAGAUGAAUGACUUUCUCCUGAAACCGAGGAGUGCCUCAAGCCAGCAGCCCCUAGACUACAGAGGAGAGAUAAGAUUGGCCCUCCGUUACCUGCCACAUGUCUCUCACAAUACGCAGCCAGCUGAAAUGGGUGAUGUUCAGAUCUGGGUGAAGGAUUGCAAGGAUUUGCCUAUGAUCAGGGGUGCUGCUAUUGACCCUUUUGUUAAGGGCACGAUGUUGCCUGACACUGGCAAGAAGAGUUGUCAGAAGACGCGGGUUUUAAAGGGGACGUCGAACCCAGAGUUUAACCACACCAUGGUGUACAAUGGUCUCCGGCCUGCAGACUUAGGGCAGGUCUGCAUGGAGAUUACAGUGUGGGACCAUGAACGCCUCUCGAACAGCUUCCUAGGGGGGCUGAGACUUGGCCUCGGUAAAGGUACAAGUUACGGAACAGCUGUAGAAUGGAUGGAUUCCAAAUCGGAUGAAGCAAAUCUGUGGGAAAGGAUGAUGAAUCAUCAUAAUGAAUGGGUGGAUGAUGUACUUCAUUUGCGAAUGCUACUGAUGGCCAAAAGUAUGUCGAAAUAAAAGGAAAAUUUCUAUGUGGUGGCCGAGAUAAAACUGACAGUCUUUAGAUUUCUUUAUUUUAAUUUAUACCAUAAUUAAAUAUGGUAUACUGGUAGAGUUGUUAUUUUUGAUGUUUGACAUGUUUUAUAUUUUUCACUUUGUGUCAUGUAUUACAACAUUAUCUUUGUUUUUUAAUAUGAAUAUUGUAUAUCUAAAAUGUGUGGUCAACAGCUGUCUAAAAGCCUUGACACGUUGUUAUUCCAAUGAAAUAUAUGUUCCUUCUUUAUUAAAAAGUGUGGUUCUUUUCUUAAUGUUGACAUUGUCACUAAAUUCUAUUGUUAUUUUUAACGAUCCAGUCAUCAUUAAACCAUUUAUCCAGUACAAAGUCAUGGGAAUUUUCUAAAUGUAUGCUAAUUAAUGAGUUCAUUUAGAGACAGCAAUUGUUCAUCUUGAAGGACUUUCACUGUUGUCAUAUAAUAUUCUAGUGUACAAUAAAGAGGCACACUUUUAAAAACGUGUUGCGUAAUCCCUCAAACGAUGUUAAGUAUUUAAAACCAGAGAGUUUGCUGUAGAUUAGCGUCUAUAGUUAAAGUUAUUUAAGCGACCAGCACGCACAUGCCAACUGUAAAUAACAUCGGCCCGUGGUUACGCCCGCGAGAUAAUUUAUUUAAGAUAUCGCGAGAUUAACAUCUCCGGCUGGCGCCAUGUUCCUAACGUCAGCUCUUCGUAUGACUUUCAGCUUUGUUCUAGUGUGGUGGGUUACCAGGCUGCGUGAAGAAUAUUUCAUAUUUUUCAUUUUUCUUCAACCGAAAGGCUUUAAGCUCAUGCGAACUGCAUGCCAGUGCAUUAAAUCAGAUGGUAAUAGAUUGCAAGUUCUUGUUACGUGGUGAAGAAUAUAUUGCUGUGGCGACUAACGGUGAGAAUCGAGGCAGUCUUUCCAGGAGACGUCGGGGACCGUUUGGCGGAAGUACCCCGAAGAUAAAUAUGAUCACCAGGAAACGGGGACGCAUCGGCGAAAAUGGGAGAAAUGGAGCAAGGAGUCCCGCGACCGCAGCGUUCCGGGAGCCCGCAGAGACGACUGACAGCCAGCAGGCAUCUGUCUGUCAGCAGUUUUCGUCAGAAAGCGAAGACGCAUCCGGCUUGGACCUGGAGGAUUUCCUGGGCUUGGACGGCCUGAACUGGACCCUGGACGAUGACGCGCUGUCGCCGCUUCUCGACAUAACAAGGGCCACCAGCGCGAAUGCCGACGGAGACGACGAGGCGGAAAUCGGAGCUUCGCCUUCGCGGAUAGAGGAGUUCUGCGCCCCCCUGAAGAUCAGAGGUCCUGCUCAGAAAAUCCAGAAGCUAGAUGAGAGCUUCCCCGGGCGGAUCAACAAGAACGCAAUUGCUGCGAGAAUGAACCGCCUUAAGAAGAAAGAAUACGUGAGCGGGUUGGAGAAGAAAGUUGGCGCUUUGGUAACUGAAAACUGUAGCCUUAGGCAGGAAAACUCAAAAUUGAACAAAAGAGUGGAGGAACUGGAAGACGAGACAAGGAGUCCAACAAGAAUGACCACGACUAUGCCCUACCUAGAAAGAGGGUAAAGGUGGACGAGAAGGAGACUGCGGGUGGCAUCUGCCUGCACGUCGAUACGAACCACGUCUCAGUGGAAUUCUGCAGUAAAUGCGCGGAGAGCGCAAGCUCAUCACUUAAAAUGUGAUCUGCCAUGGCGGAUUGGUGGGUGACUGCACAUCCACGACUUCAUGACACCAUGUGGAUUCUGCUCUGGGGAAUGCUGAAGAAACGGGACCACCUGCUGGCAUCUUGGCCUGAUAUUUGUUAAAAGGUAGUAUAAGAGAUGGUGUAAGUUUGUGGGUUUUACUGGCAUCUCACAGCACCACAACUUUUGAAAUAUCAAAGUUAACCCAUCAUGCCUUGGUUUCGUUGAUAUUUACUGAGGCAGAUUUCUUUUCAAUGUACACUUGCAGUUGUACAGAAAUGGCCAGGUAAUUUUGAAAUGGUACAAUGCAGAGAAAGUCAUUUUAAAGCAAAAAUGCAUUAUAUUCUGGAAAUAUUUAGGUGACGUUAUACAGGCUUUAUUAAGAUGUCGCUGGUUUGCAUAUAUAGGUGGGGUUCCUAAGAUUGUCACAGAGGAAAAUUUUGUGGCAGCCAAAGCCUUUGUCCUGAGUUUCUUUUGUUUCUGUUCAAAUGUUUAAAAUGUAAGCCAUGUUUCAAUUACUUGAGUUAACACAGAAUGAUUUCACAAUAAAUCCCAUUUUAAUAUGCACUUA